CAUAGCAGAGAAGAAAGACACACUCUAGGCACUGAACGUCUGCCACCAUGGGGAACUUGUUUGUGAAUGAGGGCCUCUCCAUCUUCGUCAUUCUGGUGUGGCUGGGGAUGAACGUCUUCCUCUUUGUCUGGUACUACCGGGUUUAUGAUAUUCCAGAUAAGUUCUUCUACACUCGAAAACUUCUUGGGUCAGCGCUGGCACUGGCCAGGGCCCCUGCAGCCUGCCUGAAUUUCAACUGCAUGCUGAUUCUGCUGCCAGUAUGUCGAAAUCUGCUGUCUUCCCUCAGGGGUUCCAGCGCGUGCUGCUCAACAAGAAUUCGAAGACAACUGGACAGGAACCUCACCUUUCAUAAAAUGGUGGCAUGGAUGAUUGCACUUCACACUGCGAUUCACACCAUUGCACAUCUGUUUAAUGUGGAGUGGUGUGUCAAUGCCCGAGUCAACAAUUCUGACCCUUAUUCAAUAGCACUCUCUGACAUUGGAGAUAAGCCUGGUGAAACUUACCUCAAUUUUGCUCGACAAAGAAUUAAGAAUCCUGAAGGAGGCCUGUACGUGGCUGUGACUCGGCUGGCAGGCGUCACUGGAGUUGUCAUCACACUCUGCCUCAUAUUGAUUAUCACCUCCUCCACCAAAACCAUCAGGAGGUCUUACUUUGAAGUGUUUUGGUACACACACCAUCUCUUUGUGAUCUUCUUCAUUGGUCUCGCCAUCCAUGGAGCUGAGCGAAUUGUACGUGGGCAGACCGCAGAGAGUUUGUUGCAACACAAGCCAAGAGAAUGUUAUCAAAACAUCUCACAGUGGGGAAAAAUAGAGAAAUGCCCAAUCCCAAAGUUCUCUGGGAACCCUCCUAUGACUUGGAAAUGGAUAGUGGGUCCCAUGUUCCUAUAUCUCUGUGAGAGGUUGGUACGGUUUUGGCGAUCUCAGCAGAAGGUGGUCAUCACCAAGGUGGUCACUCACCCUUUCAAAACCAUCGAGCUACAGAUGAAGAAAAAGGGAUUCAAGAUGGAGGUGGGCCAAUACAUUUUCGUUAAGUGCCCUGUGGUGUCCAGGCUGGAGUGGCACCCUUUCACCCUGACCUCUGCCCCCGAGGAAGACUUCUUUAGCAUCCAUAUCCGCAUCGUGGGGGACUGGACGGAGGGACUUUUCAAAGCUUGUGGCUGUGAUAAGCAGGAGUUUCAAGAUGCCUGGAAACUACCGAAGAUAGUUGUUGACGGGCCCUUCGGCACCGCCAGUGAAGAUGUGUUCAGUUACGAGGUGGUGAUGUUGGUGGGAGCAGGGAUUGGGGUCACGCCCUUUGCAUCCAUUCUCAAGUCGAUCUGGUACAAAUAUUGCAAUAAAGCUCCCAAUCUGAGGCUCAAAAAGAUCUACUUCUACUGGCUGUGCCGGGACACACAUGCCUUUGAGUGGUUUGCAGACCUGCUGCAGCUGCUGGAGACCCAGAUGCAGGAGAAGGACAACGCCGGCUUCCUCAGCUACAACAUCUACCUCACUGGCUGGGAUGAGUCUCAGGCCAAUCACUUUGCUGUGCACCAUGACGAGGAGAAAGAUGUGAUCACAGGCCUGAAACAAAAGACCUUGUAUGGACGGCCCAACUGGGAUAAUGAGUUCAAUACCAUUGGGAGUCAACACCCCAAUACCAGAAUAGGAGUUUUCCUCUGUGGACCGGAAGCCUUGGCUGAAACCCUCAAUAAGCACUGCAUCUCCAACUCCGACUCUGGCCCCAGGGGAGUGCAUUUCAUUUUCAAUAAGGAAAAUUUCUAACUAGUCUCUUCCAUGAGGAAAUAAAUGUGGCUUGUACCGCCAAAUGCCCCAAUAAUGCUAGUUGAUAAUGUAAGUUCCCUCCUUUAAAGAAAAAGAAAGAAAGAGAAACUAUAAUGUGAUGAUUUGCCCUGAAAGGAAUGUCAAAGAUUGUUUAACAGUGAUAAAUUUGCAUUUGUAUGGGGCUUUAUGGUUUUCAGAGCAAUUAUAUACACAUUUUUUCAUUUUGGUUCCUCACAGUAAUUCCAGAGAAAGGUAGGGGAAGGAUUCUCAGACUCAGGUCUUAGGAUUAAAAAAUGGGGACUCAAAAUGGUGAAGUAGCUUCCCUAAGAUUAAAGCUGAGACUGGCUCUAGACCAUCUGACUCUAGGUUUGGUGAUCUUUCAGCAAUACCAGGCUGCCUGGAAAUAGGUUUGUAUACUCCCCAAAAGAAGAAGCAAACCAGGGAGUAACUAUUCAUAUUCCCUUCUGUGUCAUCUUUGUUAUCAUUAUUGUCCUAUCAAAGGAAAUUUUCCAAAUAAGAGAUAUAUAUUCUGAGAGUGAUUCAUCACUUAAUGGUGACAGCACACUCCAGUUUACCAAUGCAGCAGCCUAACUGGGUCAGAGAUUCCUCCUACAAAAGAAUAUUAGACUGACUGGAAUUAACGUAUGCCCCAGCAGAGAGUGGAUACUCAAUGAAAGUUUGCUGAAUGAAUGAAUGAAAGGACAUUUAAAACCAUACAAUGCCAGGGUAGAACUAAUUGAAAGCUUUAAACGGAAUUAUCUGAGGAAAUCACUUCUGAGACUCUUGUUGACCAAAGGAACCUGAUUCUCUUGAAGGUAAAGAACAGGCUAAGGUUAGUAACCAAUAUGUUGUCCUGUCCAAACAUUUUUAUUUGAAACAUGCAGGAAAGGGAGAUAGAGGCAGAGAACUGAACUCCUGUCCUAACUCUGGCUGGCUCCUUUAGUCCUGCUCCUUAUGCUAUGAAAGAAAUGCAAACUGAUUUAUUGCCGGAAAUGGUCUCCUCCAGCCAGCACUUGUGAAUUUGAAAUUAAGAAUUGUGACAAAUAUGUAUCUGAUACGCCCAUCUGCUUUAAAUAGCAUCCACACUUUGUUUUACUUAAGUACACAUGCAAAAGAGAUCUUACUGGUGUAACUAACGAUUUAUUGUUCUAUCAUCAUGAUCAUGAUGAAAUUUACAUCCCAGAAACUAAAAUGCCUAGCUUACUGUGUAGGUAUUGGAUUCAUACCCAGUAGAAUGUUCUGGAUAUCCGUGAGUUUGAGAGUCUCUAAAUCACUGUUAAUGUGGCCAGAAAGGUUUUUUUUUUUCCCCCUCAGGACUGCUCCUACUUCUGGGAACUAAAAACAGGUUUAUUUGUUAUAUCCUCUGGGGCCACAGAUAUUUAGAAGUAUUCAACUUUGAUAAUGAGAAAGAAAGAGAAGGGAGCAGGGGGGAAGGGCAGAAGAUGGGGUUAGGAGGAAAGGAGAGGGAAGGGGGAAGAGAAUAGAAGGAGAGUGAGAGAAAGCAAAAAAAGGCAAAAGGGAAGGGUAGGUGAAGGGGGUCACUUUCUACCCCAGAUUUCUUAAAGUCUUAUACGUAUUGAAUGUAAUUGCAGGAGCUACACACAUAUUCAUUUUAUUUUGAUAACAUAUGGUAUUGAAUCUGAAAUUCUGGCCAUGAAUUUGAUGCUGAGUGGGCAUAUUCAGGGGACUGGGCUGAACUAGUAAGAACUCAGUUGUUCCUUUGGGUUCCCAGGAUGCCCCGGGAACUGAGGGUCAGUCCUGACAAGUUAGGCUUGCUUUGAGAAUGUCACCUCCCCACAAUGUCCCAAGACUGUUUCUGCAAAGAGAAACUUAGGUCCAGCCUGUUCCCACUGCACCCCAGGUAUCAGUUCAUUCAUUCAACAAACUUUUAUUGUGCUAUUACUAUGACUCAGGCUCUGUGUUGAUAGCUUGAGUUCUUUACACCCAAGUGUGAGCCAGAGGGGGAACCAGAGUUAUAAGGAGUCUGACAAUCUGGGCCCUCGCUCACCUGUGUGGCAUAAGUAAAACCAACUCCAUUUGUUGCUCUGAAAAUGUUUCUCCAGGGUUUUCUAUUUUUGACACCAACAGAGUUACCAAAAUAGAGAGAUCUGCCCUGUGUUAUCCUGGUUAUGAGAUGAAAAAUGAGUGUAAAAGCUCUUGUCAUUAUGAGAGCUUCCUUCUCCAUUCUUCUCCCCAGCCGUCGGCUGCCUGCACAGCUUUUUUAGCAUUUAGUAUUUAGUAACAGGUACUGAUAAAACGAUUAAGCAUUGUUUUUAAUCUCAAGGUUAUGAAGGCUUUUCUUAUUUCUUUUGCUUUUGCAACACUGCAUUUAUGAAAUUUGAAUACUUGUAGAUGUUGUGUGUGAAUAGUUUACGGUGGGUGGGGGGACCCCGGGAGAUAAUUCUUGGGAAGAACUAUCAAAACUGUGCUCAAUGAUUAAAAUGAAUGAGCUCUGUCUGUGUCUGUGUUAUUGAUCUUCAUAUUCAAGGGUGGAUUCAGAUGGCAAAGAUUUUCUCUGCCCCAGCGGGAUUGAGAUUCUCUGUGUUUUUGUAGAUAUGUCAAACACUGCACAAUGUCUGGAUUGAGAAGGGAAAACUGAGUACUGAGUUCUGUACUAAUGUCCUGGUGACCCUCACGGCACUGGUAUAAGGGAAUGGACAAGGGAGUGUCACCUGACAUUGCAGACAGAAUUUCAAAGGCAAAGAAGUCCUAGUGCAAGACGUCUUUUUUUCAUUUCCACUCACCUUUUCGGUUCUAACUUUGCAACUAGCUGCCAUCAAAUCAGGUUGUGAGUAUAUAUGUAUGUGCUCAUGGUUCUGUACUGGUCAUUGUUCUAAGUGAGCCAACCAGUUAUGAUUCGCCCCCCCCCCCAUGUAGGAAAGGGAUAGAGGUGUGGACAUAUGCUGCCACGGGGGGAAAGGUCAUUCGCUGAAAUAAAUGUCAAUAAUAGAAAUAGCUAAUGUUUAAUAAACACCUACUAUGCCAAACAUUUUACAUACACUUCAGCUAAUCCCUCAGGACACUGCAAGGUAGUCAUUUUAUCCCAAUUUCGUUGAUAAAAAAAAACAAAACAAAACAAAAAAAACUGAAGCUGAGAGAGGAUAACUGAUAGGGUCAAACUAUCCCACAACUACUGGGUGACUGUGUCAAAAUUAAGUCCAUAUCUUUCUAGCUAAAAAGCCCAUGUUCUUUACACCACACUAACAGAUUAGGUAUAAGUAACCAAGGAUAUUUUUAAAGCUAUUGUGCUAGGUACAGAUUCUGCACCAAGAAUAGCUGGGUAACAGUGGUGGUAUAAACCUCUGGUUUAUGCCAUCUAAGUAUCUUGGUAUCUUAGUUUAGAAACAUUCGUUAACUGGAUUCAUGCUAAUUUUUACUUUUAUUUAUUCUGAUGUUUUUUCAGCUUUAUUGAGGUAUAGCUGACAAAAUUAUAAGAUAUUUAAAGCAUACAACAUGAUGAUUCACCAAAUAAUGUUUUUCCAAAGAACAGCAACUUUCACUUACAUAACCACAAUGCAAUGAACCAAUCCAAGAAAUUUAACACCGAUACAAAACUAGCAUUUACUAUAUAGUCUACGUAUAGGUGACAUUGUAUCCUCAGUGCAUUGUAUUAGGAGGUAGGUAUUGUCAGUUUGUCCUGUUAUUAGUGGUAGUAUGUUUCAUCACCAGAUUCUUCUGUUAUAAACAUAAAGGUAUUAUUUUACUUUUGUAAUUAGUAAUUAAUAUUUGGGGAAUAUGUACUGACUGUAUAAAUAUCAUUUUCUCCAAUUGUCUUUCACCCAGUCGAUCUAGCAUACGUUGAUGAAAUUACACUGAACCGAUUUUUAUAAUGAUGGUUACAAAAUAUCUGGAUUCUUAAACCUCAAUAAUCUGCCAAUUUCUUUUUUCCCCCAGAUUUAUUGAGAUACAAUUGAUAUGCAACAUUGUGUAAGCUUAAGAUGUACAAUGUGUUGAUUCGAUACAUUUGUAUAUUGCAAAAUGAUUACCAUGAUAGCAUUAGCUAACACUUCCAUCCUGUCAUAUAAUUACCAUCGCUUUUUUGUGGUGAGAGCAGCCGCAUAGCACAGGGAGAUCAGCUCUGUGC